GAAGAAAUCAUUUACAUUUUGAUUUUCAUCUUUCUACUAAGUAACUUUUUUAAUUUAUGGUCAAUCAUCUGGAGGAGAACAAGAAAUGAAAAUGAUAUUGAUUUUGCAUUGUUGCACAUGACAAGGGAAAGAACGGCGGACUAAAAAGAAUACUCAGGCACGUCGAAAAACACAAUUGUCACUAUCUUCUUCAAGAACCACGUACUAAAAAAACAAAGUCAUGUCUAUCUUUCUGGACGCCUUAGCGGAUUUCAUUAUUCCGAUUUGCGGUGCUGGCGGUUGUCGCCCACUAACAGCCAGAUGCGAGAUCGCUCCACGAGGAAAGCCCUGUGACCCUUCGCAACCGGAGACGGGAUGCACAGGAAUCGUCACGUUCGAGAUGGAGAAAGAUACCUGUGUGAUCAAGUUUAUGAUCUGACGGCAUUAGUAGGACAAGAUCUAGAAGUAAGUAGUAGAACAAAGAAAUAAUGGAGAAAGUGAAAGAUACAACCUGUGGGAUCCUCAAGUUUAUGUUUUCGAGUUGAAAGUAAGCCUUAUCAGCAAUAUCAACAUCUUCAACUUCUUCAACACAACAGUUUUAACAUCAGGGAAAUCCGUAAAACUCAGAAGAGACUCAGGGAAGUCGUAGGACAAUUCCGAACCGACUAACAUCAUCAGAUGCUACAAAUUCAGACUUAGAAGUGUAGCUUCACAUGACAUCUUUCUAGCCCUCUAAUCCCCGGGACCUGAAAAACUGCGGUAAGGAAGGUCUUCACGGAUUCCACAUCCAUGAGAAAGCCGACUUUAGCGAUGGCUGUGCCUCUGCCGGACCGCACUACAAUCCGGACAAUAAGCAGCAUGGCGGGCCUCAGGAUAAGGAGAGACAUGUAGGUGAUAUGGGCAACAUUGUGGUUGACAAAAAUGGAUGCUCAAAAGGCGAGCUGCGAGAUCAUCUGAUUAAAUUAUCAGGUCCAUGGUCGGUGAUUGGAAGGAGUGUGAUGGUAUUGGUUUUCUUGUUUUUGAAAUUGAAGAAACUUUCUUGUAAAAAAAUCGUUGACCUUGACGUUGACGUCGUCUUUUAUUUUCUAUUUAAUCAAAGCGAAUUUGUUUCUUCACGAUCACGAUGUACGACCUCCGCUUCCCAAGGUCCAUGCCGACCCAGACGAUUUAGGUCGCGGAGACAACUCACAACCUGGCGUCAACGGCAAAACCUCGAAGACUACGGGCAAUGCAGGAGCACGCAUCGGUUGUGGCGAGAUCAGAUAUGGGAGACCCUUCUAGGUGUGGAGGUAUCAGUAGCUUCAGCCGUUCUUCGCGCAGAGGACGAGACUGGAUAGAAGACGUUGUGUGCAGUAAGGAGCAGAAGCUCGAUAGAUGAUGGAGAUGGCGACUGCCGCGCGUCAUCAUGUUGAAUAACCAAUGUGAUGAACAGGACAGUUUCAAUUUUCUCGCUUCUCACAUGUCACAGAACAGAUUUUUAAAAGUAGCAGAAAGAAGAAUCAGAAAGGGUUUUCGCAAUUUUGCUACUGCUUAUACGUAGAACAGCACAACGGAUUAAUUUCAGCCGCGGCAAGCGCUAGUUGUAUUUGUCGGUCAACACAAACACGGCAGCACUACAACUUCAAGGUAGACACAUUUCACAUCCAACGACAUAUCUUCACUUUUCAGUCUCCUUGCCUAGAAGAGGAAGGAGAUGGCGAAGUGCAACUUUGUUGUAAUGGACUUCCAUGCAAAAGUAAGCAUCCCCUCAGUCGUGACAAACGCGAUACACAAAUCUUCC